AUGGUCAUACAACGAGGAAUCGAACCCAAUCCUGAGAAGGUAAAAGCAAUAUUGGACAUGAAGCCACCAACUACCUUGAAAGAAGUCCAAAGAUUGACUGAUAGAGCAGCCAAUUCAAAGCACUGUGGAGGAGGAGUUAUGCUGACAUCCCCAGAAGGCUUCAAGGUAUAUUAUGCCUUAAUAUACAAGUUCAAGGCUUCUAAUAAUGAGGCCGAAUAUGAAGCCAUGAUUGGGAGUGUGCGACUGGCAAUUGCUUUAGGUGCUCGAAAAGUUCGGAUUCGCACGGAUUCCAGGCUGGUAGUCGGACAAAUUAAAGGAACUUUCGAGGCCAAAGGAGAAAACAUGAGGUUGUACAAGGAUGUUGUCGAAGGACUGCUCACCAAAUUGGAAACUUAUGAAAUCCAUCAUGUGCUGCGAUUGGAGAAUCAGGAGGCCGACAUCCUAUCCAAGUUAUUCUUGGGAGGGAUACCCGACCACCUAAAGCGAAUAUGCAAGACGGAGAUAGUUGAUAUGCCAAGUACGGAAACCUUGGUAAUCGCCGCAGUGUUCCCCCUAGAAGUGCGGACCCCGGAUGAUUGGAUUGAAGAGUUAGUUAAGUAUAUUACUCAAGCUGAACUCCCUAAUGAUCCCAAAAAAGCAGCUAAGAUAAAAAGAAGAGCGCCAACAUAUGUGAUAUUAGAUGGACAGUUGUACAAAAAGUUUUUUGGCGGACCGCUGCUUAAGUGUCUACUGCCCCAGCAAGCUCAGGAAGUGAUAGAAGAAGUUCAUCAAGGGGUUUGUGCUGUUCACCAGGGUGCUAACACUCUGACCAGGAAGUUGAUCAUUCAGGGAUAUUACUGGCCUAGCAUGAUUCACGACUGCAUCCAAAAAGUUUUACGUUGUGAGAUUAUUUCACCAAAUGGAUCGAAGCUGAACCACUGGUCACCAUCACUGAUUACCAAUGUAGAAGAACAUCUGAUUACUGAUAAUGGUCGGCAAUUUGACAAUCAAGCAUUCACCGAGUUCUGCUCAACAUAUGCCAUCCGACACACCAAAGUCUCGGUAGCUUAUCCUCAGGGUAAUGGACAAGUGGAAAAUGCCAACCGAACCAUUAUGGAAGGCCUCAAAAAGAGAAUUGAAGAAGAAGGCGGUGCUUGGGUCGACCAGUUGGAUUACAUCCUUUGGGCUUACCGGACCACGCCACGCCGAGCAACUAGAGAAACACCCUUCAGUUUGACCUAUGGGUUCGAGGCCAAGGUACCUGUGGAAAUCCUUAACCCGACUAGAAGGGUCCAACUAUAUGAUGAUCAAACCAACGAGGAGACCAUGCAAAUAGAGAAAAACUUUCUGGAGGAACGAAGAGAUGUAGCGGAAAGAAGAGUGGCUGAGUACCAACGCUCAGUCAAAAGGUACCAAGAUGCCCGCACUAACCCUAAGUACUUUGAUAUCGGUGACUUGGUCCUACGAGAUCGAGAAGCCAGUCAACCAACCAGUGGAGGAAAAAUGGCGAAGAAAUGGGAAGGACCCUAUAGGGUGUCCGCCAUUGUCAGACCUGGUACCUACAAGAGUCAUGGGAUGGAAUACAGACCAACACGGUCAAAACAAAAGGAAGAUCAAAAGGUGUCCUGGUACAAAUAUCAGGCGAUCAUUUUUAAAAAGAAAGGUGGAAGGAUGCUUAACCAUUAUGUGGUUGACAAAUUAGCCUUUCAGAAUAUGGCCUGGUGA